UAUUAUUUUGCAUCGCUGGCAUUGUGCUGCUAGGCCCUGUGAAGAGGUUACCCUCAUCUAUCUUCCCUUUGCACAUUGAAAAGUUUCGCAAUUUAGCAAAGGGGGGAAUUAAUGAGCUCGGCGCUAUCGCGUUAGUAUCAAAACUGGUGCGUAGGAGGCGAGAGACCCCACCAGCAUCACUACCUGGUGUUCGUACUGAAGGGAGUUAGUUCAUUGCGUUAGGGGUGUUAGCAGUGUGUCGCUGUGUUACAUCCGUGUGCGUGUCUGGUGAAGGAAGACAUGAGAAGCAAGCGGUAGUCACUCAGACACGCAUGGCACUGCUUGCAAACUAGCCCACAGCUCACGCAGCCAACAGCCAUUUGCUUCGCUUGUCCGGUCACGGCUUGGCCACCACUGCGGUGAUCAGCUGCUGAUACUACACAAUGGACGUGGAUGCUGAUCUGUAUCCCGGUGGGGCGAAAGUCGACGACAAGCUGAAGUCCGCUCUGGCCCGGCUGUCGGGCGGCAAAGAGGAGGAAUUUCUGAAAACCAGCUUCAUUCUGGUCAAGCUGCUACAAAACAUCAUCAGCUAUCCGGAGGACGAGCGUUUCAGGACUAUUCGCCGUGUGUCAUCCAUCUUGGCUGAGCCAGGCUCAUUGGAAACACUGCAGUGUGCUGGAUUCGCUCCAGAUUCGAAAUCUCCGGGAGAAAACCUGACAUGUCCCCAGAAAGCGGACCUGUCUCGGCUGCGUCUCGUCAAGCAAUGUCUUCUCUGGGAGCGUCAGAAGCAUGCGUCCCUGGAAGGCCUGGAGAUUCCCGUCACAUCGCUACGCUUUGGCGAACGACUGGGCAAGGGACGCUUUGGAGAGGUGUACAUUGGCACAUGGGAUGGAGUACCGGUAGCUGUAAAAACACUGCGACCCAACUGUGAACAGCACAUCGUCCAAAGCUUCCAUCGCGAGGCUUCCAUCAUGCGUCGCCUUCAACACGGCAACAUUCUGCCGCUGAGAGCCGUUGCUCUGAUGGUGGAGCCUUGCUUUCUUGUGAUGGAGUUGAUGUCAGCCCCGUUUCUUGCUCAGCUCAAUGACGGUAUGAUCAACACAGUCAAGUUGCAGCUGUCGCGUGUGUUGGAGGUGGCGCAGGGCAUGGAAUUCAUGCACGCAAAGAACAUCAUCCAUUGUGACCUGGCCGCACGUAAUAUCCUGAUAGAUCGCAAGGGAGGACUGCGCAUAGCCGACUUCGGCCUGGCUCGGGAGUGUGAGUCGGGCUCGUGUCCAGCUUCCGUCAACGACCGUGUAUUCCCGAUCCGCUGGACAUCGCCAGAAGUACUAGCCACCGGACAGCGGUCCAAACCAGCCGACAUCUGGAGUUUUGGAAUUCUGUUCUUUGAGUUUACGACGGCUGGCUCAGUACCGUACAGCAGCUUCACAAACCCAGAGACCAAGGAGAAAGUCAAGGAAGGCUAUCGCCUGCCCUGUCCUGUCGACUGUCCCGAAGAUGUCUACACUAUCAUGAGGAAGUGCUGGCAUGCGGUCCCAGACAACCGUCCAGUGUUCAGUAACAUCGUGUCAGACCUCAAGAAACUACAACCAAAAUACAAGUCGCAGGGUGAUGGGCGUGCUGCGCCGUCACGUGGCUCGUCGUUUGGCAGUGUAGCGUCUGCGGAUGCUGGCGACUUGCCAUCUGGAAAACUGAGCAAGCCAAAGAAAGACAAGGAGAAAGACAGCAAACUGAAGAAACGCUUCACCUUUGCCAAGGCCGAUCAAGCGAAAGUCAAGGUGGACCAGCUAGUUCGUCUUUACACGUUGUUUGUGACGCCGUUUGAGACGUACACCAUUUUCCAAGUGAAGAAGAAACACCGUGCAUCAGACUUGGUUGCCAGUGCACUGAAAUACCUGGGCAAGAGUAGUGAUGACGUCUCGCAGUAUUCUUUGGUGGAGGUAAAACUGAACCUGAGUGGUGAGUUUGACUCGCGCUUUAUCGCUAGCCACGAGAAUCCACUAGCAAUCAAGGCUACUUGGAACAAGCCUGGAAAAUUCCUGCUCUGUUGCAGUAUGGGAAAUACAGAAAUCCUGCAAGCGAUCAAUGGAUUCUUGAAAAAGUCUGAGAACAUCACACGAAUGUCAGAAGCAACUCGCGGUUACAUUCUCAAGUUUGAUGAGUAUGUGGAGGGAGCGAAGUCGGUGGGACGGCGGAAGCGAAGCAACUGGCCGAGGUUCUGGGCCGUCCUGGAUGGUUCAACUGUCUUACUGUAUAAAGAUGAGGAGGAUGAGGAGAAUGGUGAAGAGCCUGUCUCACACAUUGCACUGAAGAAUGCACAGGCAUUACCUGCACUGGACUUCUCUAAGAAACGUGAUGUCAUACGCAUCAUUAGUCCCAAGGACAGCACGUAUCUUCUGCACGUCAGUAGCAAGGGUGAUGUGUUGAAGUGGCUGGAAGCGUUCAACUCUGCACAGACAGCCGAGCCAUCAGCCCUGCUGGACAAGUUUGGUGAUGGGGAAGUUGUACAGAGUGGAUACCUGUCUGCUACCAAAUCAUCUCUACCGGCAUCAGACGCGGAGGUACCGGUGGAGGUCGGUCGUCAGUGGUUCGUCCUGAAAGGCCGUCAGCUGAUCUAUUUCCUGCGAGGCAACCGCGUGGAAGCGCUGGACUUUGCCAGCUGCACGGGUGUAUCGGUGAUGAAUCCCACGGCCAACCCAGCCAUUGCUGCAUGCGCAGGUGGAACGCCGAAAGCCCUGAGUCGCCUGGAGGCCGAGCAGCAGAGCGAGGAAAAGCUACUGCUCUACGCUAUACGCGUGGACAGUGCCACAACACGCUACGUGCUACAACCGGACACGCCGGGUGAUCUGGACGCCUGGGUGGAAGCUCUGGACAAGCUGCUUCUACGCAUCGGCAAGAGUAAUCUAAUGGUUCCGGUUGUGGAUUUUGGCAGUGGAGCUAGCGGUGGAGACAGUGACUCUGGUGUGUUUGGUAUGACCACGGACAUUCACCGUCUGUCCGAGGUCAGAGAGGAAGACGAUGCCGAUGUAAAGGAGGACGGUGCUACCGGUACGGAUGAUCCCACUGCUGCAGGUAAUCGCCACGGUUCAGCCAACACAUUGACAGUUGCCGGUGGUGGUUUGGGUUUGGGAGCCACACGGCUGAGCAUUCGUCAGAAGCAACAGAAGGGCUUCACGGCAAUGGCCAGGCUAAACAAUCGCGUGGCAGACGAGACGGUGCACUAUCUGGACGCGGCCAUGGACAACGUGUCACCACUACAACCAUCACCUAUGUCCUACGAUAUCUCUAAGUCCGGCGCCGAUGAGAAAGCAGCGUGUUUACGGGACGCACCUCAAGUGGAGCUACCCGGCAAUGCUCUCAGACCAGGCGUGUCGCCAAAGCCAGGUGCGUCACCGCAGAUUCCACCGAAACCAAAGCUGUCACCGCGACCGUCCCCCGUACCAUCACGCCACCCUGCUGCGCUGGUGCUCACCCCAGAUGCAGCGGCACUGCCGAUGCCCAGCGAUCGACUCUCGCCACUGCCACACAAACCAACACCAGCAUCUCCCAUGUCAAGCACCGCCGGCCCAGGCACUGCCACAGGACCAUCGCUGGCUCAAGCCGCGCCGGGCAAAGUGGAACGUGAAGACAGCGAUGGUAUGUACAUUGUGCCCAACAACCCAAAGCGACCACUCAUUGCUGAGUCCGAUAGCCUGGACGAUCCAACAUACGAGGUGACUCAGGCAACGCCUAUCAAGGAUCCAGUAUUGGAAUCGCUAGCCGAGGACAUCAAUGAGAGGGCCUCGCCCAAGCUGCCGCCGAGACCAACUAAAACAUUAGACCGGAGCAUCUCGCCCGUACCGCGUAGUCCCAGUCCUCACUCGCCUAAACUCCCGCCUCGUCCAACCGACCAGGGUGCUCAGGCAGCUGGCAUUCAACCAUUGGAAACGAUCCAAGCCGAGGACAAGUAUCCGGAUGAGAAUCCGUACGAAGUCGGUGGUCAGACUCCCUCUGAUUCUAAGGAUCUGCUCAGUUCAAGCGGAUACCUGAAGGCGGUGAUUGCAGAGGAGCCGCUAGCAGAGGAUGAUGAGCUCUACGCUGAUGCUGAUGACAUGGCCAGGCGACGCGUGGAGCCAUUCCGACCUGUCGCAACAGCACCGGCUGGAAGUAACUCAACGACUGCCCGACGCUCGCCGCAGCCACAAACAUCUGAAAUGGCGCUGCCGCCUGUUGGAUACGUGGUGAGCGAUAAGUCGUUCAAAUCCACAGCCACCGCAUCACCAGCCAAAGGCCAUAUUGCCAAGGCAUUCUCCAAUCUUCCCAGCGUUCCACCGCCGAGUGGAAGUCCCAACAUGCGACGUCCAUCUCUGGCCGCCAGUCCCAACGUCCGACGUCCAUCUCCGGCCGCCAGUCCCAACGUCCGACGUCCAUCUCCGGCCGCCAGUCCCAACGUCCGACGUCCAUCUCCGGCCGCCAGUCCCAACCUGAAACAGAAGCCACCGCCACCAUUAACACUACCGCCACCGCAAGAUGAAUACGACGACUCUGCAUUGUACCUGGCACCAGCGGACGUACAGGAACAGCCGAAGCGUGUUCAGCCACCGCCACCGCCUUUCCCACCACCGCCCGACCUGCCGGCAGAGGACGAUGGUGACCUCAUGGCCGAUGCUGAUAAUGUUCUCGCCGCUGUCGAGCUGCGGAGACCCUCCGAGCAUAUCUACGAUUGUGGUGAGAUGGAGGAGCUGCAACGACGUGCUGCUGAAGUUGCUGCUGCGGCUGCCGCCGGCGACAUCUACACAAUGCCAGAGGGACAGGAGAAUACCGUGGCGGCGACGCAAGAGGAACUCUACGAAAACCUGGCAGUUCGUCAGCAGCAGCAGCAGCCGCAGGCACCGUUGCCGGGUAUAAGUGAGCAUAGUGAAGACCAUGCCGGACCGAAGAGCCCAGCGGGUCUAGCAGCAGCACAGCAGCAACAUGAUACAAUGGCGGCCAUGAGCUCUGGCCAUGCUCAGGAGGAGGAUAUCUACGAGGCUGCCGCUGACAUCCUAGCCCCUGACGACGCACCACCGCUACCGCCGGAUGAUGAUGACUUGCCUCCACCUCCACUUCCUCCUGAUUGUUCAGAGUCCGAGCUACCCGGGGUCCCUAGCUCUCGAUUACUCCCCCUAGGUCAGCUACAAGUGCAGACUGGGAAGCUAUCACCUAUGUCGCUCGAUGUUAACCCACUCUAUGGCAACGCAGACACUUCUACUGCACAAGAUGUGCCGGAAAGCGACGAGAAACCACCGCCGCUACCACCGCAACAACAGCAGCCGCAAAAGCAGCAGCUAGCGGUGCAGAGUGCUCCGACAUCAGGACGUACCAGUCCUGUGCCACCGCCUAAGCCAGCCAAGAAGAAGAAGUCCAACCCGGACAGUCAGCCACCGCCCAUACCCGUCAAGCAAACACCUCCAACCCAGCGACACAGCUCGGCCACCACCACCGCCGGCGCUGUGCAGGCGCAGCAUGCACGCGAUCGCCUCUCCACGGGAUCUCUGCCGCGACACAGUGGAAACUGGUCGCAGGCCAACAGCUCGCGCAAUUCUCUCACGGACGUACACGUACACAUGGCUGCCGGUUCACCGAGCGGCAGUCCUCUGCCGCCGCGUCUCCCUCCAAAGGGCCCCGGUCAGACCCCGUCACCCACCACAAACACGUCGGCUUUCCACCCCAUGCAACAACCGCUGCCACAGCAGCAGCAAGCACAGUUUCAUACAUUGGUGGGUGGUGGCGCAGGCAAUGGAAUUGCCGGCGGUCUCCCUCCGCAGCAGCGGUCCGCGUUCCAAGCGGCUCACGGCCAGCCCCAGCCCGUCUUCCUGGUGCGUCCCCAGCACGGGACCAUGAGCCCGGUUGCGGGGGCAGCCCCGAUGGGUACCAUCCCGGGCCAUCUGGUCGGGGUGCAACGUCCCAUACUGGUGCAGAGCGGCAGCAGCCACGCCCUGUUUGUACAUCAGCGCGGUCACCCUAGCAACCAGAGCGGUGGCGGCGGCAGCAUGGAUGGCGGCAGUAAAGACUGCGACGACGAGUACACCCCCAUGAAUCUAAAUCGUCAGCCGUCCAAUCCGUCUGGUGACGAUGAGAUCUGUGAGGAUGACUACACGCCAAUGCAGCCACCGUCACACAACCCCGCUGCACGACAGGCACAACAAGCACAACAGCAGGGGACUGCUCUACAGCAUCAGCAGGCCGCAAGAGAACGACAGCAGCAGGCCAUGGCGCUGCGGCAAGAGCUGCAGAUGGAGUCGUCGCAGAUGAACGUGCGCGGCGCCCGCACUGGGGGCCUCAGCAAACACCCGUCGGCACUGAGCAUGCAGCCAACCGCCGCGGGCGUUGCCAUGGUACCGGUGAGCACGGCCACGGGAAUGCGGCAGGUUGCCGUAGCAACGGGGGCCGGUGGGGUGCCGCACCAGCAGUUUGCCAUGUACCGACAGCAUAGCGUGGAUACCAUGGACCCCGCCCGGCAUGCUGGACUAGCGCGACAGUCGUCCAUUCCACACGGGGCCAUGGCCAACCAAUUCCAACCAGUGUCUGGCGGUAGUGUCAUGAUAUCGCCGCAACAAGCAUACCAACUCCAACAGCAACAACAGCAACAGCAACUCUUGCAGCAACAGCAGCAGGCGAUGCAAGCCAUGCACAGACCUGCUCUUGCGGGUGAUCAGUCACCUCAGUUCACGUCACCGUCCGGUACCCUACGUCACGGCAGCAUCUCAAGCGGCUCUGCUGCUGGCAAGUUUCUCAAACGGCAAAUGUCUGGCGAGGACCUGGUCGGCACAGGCAUAGCCAUGCGGAGACUCAGUGAGGUACAGUCGCACAGCGUUACUCCACAGCAGCAGCAGCAGCAGCAGCAGCAGCAGCAGCAACACCAGUUGUCGGAUGGCACAUUGCUACCCGUCGGCUGGCAGGCGCACGUGUCAGCGGAAGGUCGUCCGUAUUACUACAACCGCAGUCUGGGUAGCACCACAUGGUCACUGGAUGACGUGUUCCGCUCAGCAUCAGCAUCAGCAGGGUCAGCAAGUAGCACAGCAUCAUCAUCUACUGAAAGUGCUCCCGACACAACUAGUACCGCUGCAGGUGGACAGGCCAUGCCAGAAUCACCCACACGGGAGCCAGGUGCAGGCUGGAAGGCCACAAAGAACACACAGGGACGCACCUACUACUACAAUCGAGAGACACGCCAGACAACAUGGAAGAUCGAGGACACAUUCGCUGGUGGACAGUAGGAGCAGAAACAUGUGCACACAGCAACAGCUUCAUUACCACUGCCACCAGCACCACCAGUAGCACCAGGAGCUCGGAUACACACCAGCAACAGCAGUCCCGGGCUGAAACAGCUACAGUAGGUGUGACCUCUCCCACCAACCCACCUAUCCCAUACAGCCCACGGAACCCACACAGGUAUUGCUAACCCACAUCCCCACCACAUGUCUAACCUAUUUAUACUGUUCCACAUGCUGCUUUGCUACUGACAAAAUUUGUCUGAUGCAUUCUUAGGCCUCUCCGUGCAGAGGAGUUUGCAAUUCUUUUUGUGCAUUCCUGAACUGCUACUCAUGCCUUCAUUCUUGCUUCUCACCCACCCUGCAUGUAGUCUAGUAGUAGGCAAGCAUACUCCUCCACUCACUAGUGAUAGAUCUUGACAGGGCUGGUACCUGCAUUUUGAGAAUCCUAGUGACAAGCAAGGUAGUAGUAGUAGUAAAUUUACUAGGCAUUAUCGCACCUGAAAUCUGCACUAGGGUGCUUUUGAUGUCCAUUUCACACCUCCGGGUGACCUUUGACCUCUACUUCACACGUCUGGGUGACCUUUGACCUCUUUUCACGUGUCUGGGUGACCUUUGACCUCUAUUUCACGUUUUGGAGUGACCUUUGACCUCUAUUUCACAUUAGGUGUGAGACCUUUGACCUCUCUAUGUGACACGUCCGGGUGACCUUUGACCUUCUUCACACCUCGGUGUGGCAUUUGACGUCAUUUCGCACCUCAGUUUUCUUUUCCUCUCUUUUUCAUACCACUGGGUGUUGAGAUGUUCACACCUUUCUAACCAGUGAAUUCACGCUUUUUUUUCACGCUGAAUGUAACCCAGCGAUUUCACCCACCAUUUUCAAUUCACACCUUCAACUAUAUAAUAGGAUUUUGAUGUCAUACGUAUUGAAUUUCAUGGACUAUUCAUAUACAUUUGCAAAGAUUCUUGAUGAAAAUUUCAAGUUUUGAAACUGAAAACCCUAUAAUGCAAAUUUUCACUGCCUAAAAAUCAGUAAAAUUGUUUGUCAAGUUUUAAAUUUUACUUAUGCCCAGGCUUUUUUCUUAUAAUUUGCAGCAUAUUUUUAAUAUACUUGUACCCCUAAUUAUCAUUAUUAUGAUGUUCAAAUUGCCAAAGCUAAAAUGAGCAGUCCAAGAAAGGUUUGACAAACUACCAGGAAGUUUGUACAGUAUUCAUGUGUUUGCUUUUUCAUGCAAAGUUUUCUUUUCUGGCAAUGCAUACAGAAUGAGUAUUAUUAUUAUCAACACUCAAGAAAAGAUUCUUAUGGA